GGUUUCGAAGGAAGGUUGUUGUUUUGAGGCUCGUUUGAAGAUUAAUGGCAAAUAUUUAACCUUCACCUUGCCCGUCGGGUUUGUGCUGCAGGCACAGCGGCUGUCGCAGGGUGCUGCGGCUCAUCUGCCGGCUGAUGGAGCACAUCCUCCUUCCAAAGGUGGAGAACGUCCGGAUCCUGGACAGGUUCUGCUCCUCUCGGUGCAGAGUGGGCACACUCUACCUGACGGCCACACACACCAUCUUUGUGCAGAAUGAGGCUGGAGUGCGCAAUGAGACAUGGGUGCUUCACAGUUUGGUUUGCAGUGUGGAGAAACUAACUGCCACAGAUUUGGGAUAUCCACUGCUCAUCCACUGCAAAAACUUCCAAGUUCUUCACUUUGUCAUUCCUCGAGAGCAUCAAUGUCAUGAUGUUCAUGUGUCUCUGCAGCGGCUCUCUCAGCCAGAGUGUUAUGAGGAGCUUUAUUGCUUCUCCUAUAAGCCCAACGUUGAUAAAGAGGAGAGGUGGCAGGAAUGGGACUUCUUGGAUCUCAAAGCUGAUUACAGCAGAAUGGGACUUCCAAACUCCCUUUGGAAACUGUCUCCUGUAAACCAGCACUACAAGGUGAGCGACACGUACCCUGCUGACCUUUUCGUACCCGAAUCUGCUACACCUCUUGUCGUAGUGGGGAGCUCCAAAUUCCGAAGCAGAGGCAGAUUUCCUGUUCUGUCGUACUACUCCAAAGAAAAUAAUGCUGCUAUCUGUCGGAGCAGUCAGCCUCUUUCAGGUUUCAGCGCUCGCUGCCUGGAGGAUGAACAGAUGCUGGAGGCCAUUAUGAGGUCCAAUCCCCGCAGUGACUUCAUGUAUGUGGUGGACACCAGGCCUAAGCUCAAUGCAAUCGCAAACCGUGCUGCAGGAAAAGGCUAUGAAAAUGAGGACAACUACUCCAACAUUAAAUUUCAGUUCAUCGGUAUAGAGAACAUCCACGUUAUGAGGAACAGCCAACAAAAAAUGUUGGAAGUGUGUGAGCUGCGAUCUCCCUCCAUGUCUGACUUCCUCGAGGGUCUAGAGAGCUCAGGAUGGCUGAAGCACAUCAAAGCCAUUUUGGAUGCAGGCAUCUUCAUCACCAAGGCUGUUGCCGAGGAAGGUGUCAGUGUUCUGGUUCACUGUUCAGAUGGUUGGGAUCGUACUGCUCAGGUGUGCUCACUGGCCUGUGUGUUGCUGGAUCCAUACUACAGGACCCUCAAAGGAUUCAUGGUUCUCAUCGAGAAAGAUUGGGUCUCAUUUGGACACAAGUUCGCUCACAGAUGCAACCACUUGGAUGGAGACCCUAAAGAGGUGUCGCCCAUCAUAGAUCAGUUCCUGGAAUGCAUGUGGCAACUGAUGGAGCAGUUCCCUUGUGCCUUUGAGUUCAGCGAGAGAUUCCUCAUCAUCAUUCACAGCCACAUCUACUCCUGCCAAUACGGCAACUUCAUUGGCAACAACCAGCGAGAUAGAGUUGAGCUUGGAGUGCAUGAGAGGACACACUCAUUUUGGAGUUAUUUAUGGCAGAACCGUUUGGACUUCAUCAACCCUCUGUACAGGCCGGACCACACCCAGACUCAAGGGGUCCUCCGACCAUCUACUGCCCCCUACUGUUUUAAAUUUUGGAGAGCAUUGUACAACCGUUUUGAUCAUGGGAUGCAUCCUAAGCAGUCUGUAGAGGAUUACCUGAGAACCAUACAAGAAGAGACACAGCAGCUGGAGGAGCAGCUGGCCUCACACAAACAGAAAAUAGCCAAGCUGGAAUUGGAGCAGGGCUGGAAUGUUGCCAUGAAGGUAGCCAAGAAUGUAACAGUGCGGCCUCUAAACUCCAGGGAUGGGUUCACUGUGGCCAGCAUCCCACAAGAUUACACCAGAGAUUUUAGCAGUAGCCACUGUGAGAAAAACACGCCAGACAGCAGCCUGAUCAUUAUGCAACAGGACGUGAAGCAAAUAUCUGAACUCAACUGCUCCAGCAGCAGUGACCAGGAGUCUGGGGUUGCAGACGUGAGCUGUCGCUCACCACUCAGCGAGGACAGCACCCAGGAUCCAGACUCUGAUGAGGCUGCCUACUCUGCUGAAUGAUGAGAUUUAGUUUUUGGUGGAAACUCCAGCAAUGAUGACUUCCUUCCACUGCAAACAAACAAAAACAAUUUUACAUAUGACUGAAGUCUAACUUCACUCAACUGCUCCUCUGGGUUUUUACGGCACCUUCUUCCAUGUGGGAAACUUGUUAUUGCCCCAAAUCUCAUAGAUAAUAAUGACUAAUAAUGCAACUGACCAAAUUUAUAGUCCCCUUCACAAGUACUGGAAUGACAGUUCUCAUUCUUUUGUUUUUGCUGUACAUGGAAAACAUUUAGGUUUGAGAUAAAAUGAGGAAUACGAGUAUGAGAAAAUAACCCAGAAUGUCAGCUUUUAGCUGUCAGUCACAUUUCAAUAUUUUUGCUCACUCAGAAAUGAGCUGUUCUGAUCCAGAAGGUGCUACGUUUUAUUUCCAUAAUAAUAAUAA